AUGGCCAAUCAACAAGUAUUAUGCGCCAAGGCGCUGGGGAGGACAUUGCGACUGCUCAUUUGCCUCCCUGCCAAAGAUCGCUUCAUCCAUGCCGGCGUCAGCCAUCCGUUUUGUUUCUUUGACAAACGUAAUUGGGUGCUUUUCGGUGGCCAUGAUGGAAAGGUCUUUGCAACCAAUCUGGGCCCGGUGUUGCGCCAAACCCUGUGCCCCAGCGCCGCCUGCUUCUUAAGAUGCCUCUCUAACCCAUAUCGCCUCGCUCCCUCCACCCGAGCGACAAUGGCCAACCAUCCCCGAAGCCUCUCAGCCAACCCUGCCAUGCUUCUCCUCAGCCACUCUGCCGCUGCCGCCGAUCCUGCCGACAAGGGCAACAACAAUACCCCCACACUCGCCCACAUGCCCGCCCUGCCCAGCACCCUCAGCACCGACGAUCAGCUCUUACCCUGUUCGUAA